CUAACAUGUUGAGUAAAGUCACAAUUUCCGGCAACAGUAUUCAAAUCAACUCGAUUUUUAGAAAAAAAAAAAGUAGAUCACACAUAUCGACAACCGGAGAAUGAAGACUGGCCAAAUUGCAAGAUACGCAAUUCGUUUGAACUACGGACAGGUUAAUGAAUUUGCCAACCCAAAGUCGACCGAUCGUAAUACCGUCCGAUCGGCAGCGUUACUUGCAGCGCUCGGAAUAGGACUCUCGUCAUUCAGCAUGAAGCAGAUGCUGACUCAGCAGCCCAAGAGAAAAUUUUAA